ACCUAGCUUCCCUCCUCUCCUCUCCUCUCUUCUUCUCCAUAUACCGUGUGCUACCCUACCUCCUGCCUUUCCGCUUCCCCUUCUUGCUCCAGCUCCACUGACGUUAGUCCAGAGGCUGCGGCGCGCUCAUGGAAGAAGCGCUGACGGGGGAGCAGAUGGCGGCGUUCCAGGAGGCCUUCUCGCUCUUCGACAAGAACGGCGAUGGAUGCAUCAGCUUGGAAGAGCUGGCCACGGUGACUCGCUCCCUCGGCCUCGACCCGACCAACCAGGAGCUCACCGACAUGAUGCGCGAGGUCGACACGGACGGGAACGGCACCAUCGAUUUCCAGGAGUUCUUGAGCCUCAUUGCCAGGAAGAUGCAGGACGGAGACGCCGACGAAGAGCUCAAGGAAGCUUUCGAGGUCCUGGACAAGGAUCGAAAUGGAUUUAUCUCCCCUGUUGAGCUGAGGACGGUGAUGAUCAAUCUCGGGGAGAAGAUGACCGACGAGGAGGUUGAGCAGAUGAUCAGGGAGGCGGACACCGAUGGCGACGGGCAGGUGAAUUACGAUGAAUUUGCGCUCAUUAUGAAGAAUGCCGAGCGCAAGAUAACCGGGUGAACAAAACUAAAUGCUGGUGAUGGAUGCAAAACCACUGGUUCUUCGUUGUAAAUUCACUGCUUGUCGAAUUGUUACUUUCUGAAGCCACUGUAAGCUUGUGUAUUUAUCUUAGAAGCUGUUUGUGCACUAUAUGUAAUAAGAUUACAUAACGGCAAUUGCCACAUAUAUUUACACCACGUUCUUUGGUUCUUGGAA